AUGAAUAUGCCCUUUCCUGCCCGCUGCACCGCAGUCCUGAGCCUUCUGAUCAUCCUGCCGAUGAUCGUCUCCGACGACCGGCUUGUCCCUGGCAAGCCGCUCUUACAUGGCGCCACCAUCGUCUCCGACGGCGGUGUCUUCGCUUUGGGUUUCUUCAACCCUUCCAACUCCACACCGGAUAGGUUGUACCUGGGCAUAUGGUACAAGGACAUCCCGGAACAUACCGUGGUGUGGGUCGCAAAUCGAGAAUCCCCAGCCAGCAGCAGCGCUGCACCGAUGCUCUCCUUGACCAACACCUCCGAUCUUGUUGUGUCAGAUGGCAAUGGCGGUGGUCGUGUACUUUGGACGACAGCCAACAUGAAUUCUACCUCGGGCUCGUCUUCCUCGACGGCGGUACUUCUGAACACAGGCAACCUCGUCAUCCGGUCAUUGAGUGGCAUCACGCUGUGGCAGAGCUUCGACCACCACACCGACACGUUCCUCCCUGGUAUGAAGCUCCGUCUCAAGUACAACAUGCCCGGCAGUAACGACGAGCGCCUCGUAUCCUGGAAGGGCCCUGGCGACCCUUCGCCGGGGCGCUUCUCCUACGGCGUCGACUCGGUCACGGCUCUCCAGCUAUUACUUUGGGACGGGGAGCAGCUGGUGGCCCGCAGCGCCCCAUGGACGGGGUACCCGGUAAGGAGCGACUACCUCGCGGUGAACACCAGCACGGAGCUCAUCCUCUACCAAACUAUCAUCGACGACAAGGAGGAGAUGUACCUCACCUACAACGUCUCGGAUGGAGCGCCAUGCACCAGGUACAUUCUGACAUACUAUGGCGAGAUCCAGGUCCAGGUCUGGAGUGACAAGUCAUCGGCAUGGGCAGUGGCGGCGAAGUGGCCGUCUCUCAGAUGCAACCUCUAUAGUUACUGCGGUCCAUACGGCUACUGCGACGAAACGGUGCCAAUCCCGACGUGCAAGUGCUUGGACGGCUUCGAGCCAACUAGCAUAGAAGGAUGGACGGCCGGUAGUUUCUCAGCAGGGUGCCGACGGAAGGAGCUGCUUCGAGGGUGUGGCGACGGUUUCGUGGCCUUGCCGGGGAUGAAGACCCCAGACCGGUUCGUGCUCGUCGGUACAGACAUAAGUAAAAGGGCAAAUAGCAGUGCAGUGAGGAUUGCGCUGCCAGUUAUAGGAAGCGUUGUUCUGGUACUCAUAUGCAUUUCCCUCACGUGGAUAAAAUUCAGAGGAAAAAACAAAAAAUGGAGAAAACAUAAAAAUGCAACACUAGAUAGGCUGAGUACCUCUUACGAACUUGGGGAAGGAAACGCUCCCCAUGAUCAUGAAUUGCAAUUUGCAAAAUUUGAGGAAAUUGCCCAAGCAACAGACAAUUUCUCUGAAACAUGUAAGAUUGGACAGGGAGGCUUUGGAAAAGUUUAUAAGGUAAUGUUAGGUGGUCAAGAAGUUGCUAUCAAAAGACUCAGUAAGGAUUCUCAACAAGGAAUAAAGGAAUUUAAGAAUGAAGUGAUAUUAAUUGCAAAAUUGCAGCAUCGAAACUUGGUUCGACUUCUUGGGUGUUGUUGGGAGGGAGAUGAAAAGUUGUUGAUUUAUGAGUAUCUGCCAAACAAUAGCUUAGAUGCUACCCUUUUUGAUGAUUCAAGGAAACUGUUGUUGGAUUGGGAAACACGGUUUAAUAUAAUCAAAGGGGUUGCAAGGGGACUUCUUUACCUCCACCAAGAUUCAAGACUGAUUGUAAUUCAUAGGGAUCUCAAAGCUGGAAAUGUUUUGCUAGAUUCAGAGAUGAAACCCAAGAUAGCAGAUUUUGGUAUGGCAAGGAUCUUCGGUGAUAACCAGCAAAAUGCAAAUACCCAACGCAUAGUUGGAACGUAUGGCUACAUGGCUCCUGAGUAUGCAAUGGAAGGUAUCUUCUCUACUAAGUCAGACGUUUAUAGCUUUGGUGUGUUACUACUGGAAGUGGUAACAGGUAUAAGGAGAAGUUCCAAUAGUCAAACCAUGGGCUUCCCUAGCCUCACAGUCUACGCAUGGAGUAUGUGGAGCGAGGAGAAGACUAAUGAAUUGCCAGACUCAUCUAUUAUGUAUAUUUGUCCCCCACAUGAAGUUUUGCUUUGCAUCCAUGUUGCACUCUUGUGUGUCCAGGAGAAUCCAGAUGAUAGGCCGCCCAUGGCAUCUGUUUUGUUCAUCCUAGAGAAUGGAAGCACCACCCUCCCAGCCCCCAAGCGCCCUGCCUACUUUGUGAGAUCAAGCGCUGAAAUGGAGAAAAUACAAAAUGAUAUCAACACUUCUGCAAAUAGUUUCACACUUACUAAGAUAGAGGGGAGAUGA